GACCACCACCCUCACCUGCCAGCUGGUGCACGGGGCCUGGGGGCGCACCUUGUGCCAUGCGUGAGGCCCAGGCACCAAGACGAGUUUGUGGUGGGAACUGUGCCCUACGGAGGCGUGGCGGGGAAGGGAGGGCAGGUCAUGGGGCCGCGGGGCCGGGGGCAGGCCAUGGUGAGGCGGGGCGCAGAAUGAGAUGGUGGUGGAGGUGGUUGUGACAGCAGGUAAUUGCUGUCACCACACGUGUUAUAUUCUGGCCAAUGUGUGGUGAGGUGUAAAUAUGGUGGUGACAGUGGGACAGGACCACGGGCUUAUGGCUGUCGGUGUCCUGUCUAUUGGUGGAACAAUAAGAAAACAUGGAGGUGGAGGAGGUGGUGGAGGUGGGAGAGGAUGCAUUCCCUCAAAGCAAGAAGAUCCGUCUGGUGGUGGUGCCAGAUGCUGAGGGAGCACGAAAUAGCAAGGGGGAACUGGACUCAAGUGAACAGACUACCAGCGUACUGCUGUACAGCAACAGUGGCCAGUUGGUUCGAGCUGAGAUAGUGGUGGACAGUCUGAAUGAAAACAUCAUUGCUGUACCACUUGGAACAGAUCUUGCAGACUUUACUAAGAAGAGCAAGUCCCCUCAGCACUCUGAGGAUGGACCAGAGAUGGUUAGGAUUCUAGAGACCUCAGGGCAAACUCCCAAGAAGCCUAAGAAUAGCCCAGUCCUAAUGGUGCGGACAGUACAGACCCAGCCAGCACAGAGUAAUGCCAUUGUGACCAAGUUCUCCUCUCCAUCUGGGCAUAUAAGACAAAAACAGAUCACUCAUGAUAGCACUUCUAAAACAUUGCUUCAUUCAGAAGUGUCAGCCAGGUCACAGUCCAAAGCUAAUACUGUCAGCAAGAUACUGAUAGCCACUGACACACAGCAGCGCUCCCACCAUGAUGACCUUCUUCCCUCCACUAAAGUAGAUGUGCCAGCAGUGGAGGUGAAGUCCCAACUCUCAGGGUUCUCAGAGGAAAAUCUUCCUGCCUUCACCAGUGCCAUUGACAAGACUGCUUCUCAGGGAAGCAUUGGAGAGGAAGAGUCUGGCAGCCCCACGACAGUGAUAAUGCGUCUCAACAGCCUUGAUGGGCUGGAGCUUGAUCCUGUCUUCCAGGCAACUGAAACCCUAGCUGAAACUAACCCAGAGAGUGGUAUCAACAAAAGUGAAAGCCUUGGUGUAGAGGAGGUACAAGUGGACUUCCAGUCUUCUGCUGCUGGUCAGGUGGAGGCCAACAAUGGAAGUGUCAACCAGAGUUGGUUCACUUCCCGGGAAGACAAAGCAAUGCUACGCUGGCGGGGACAUGCUUGGCGGCAGGGCAUGUGGUCCAGGGAGGAGACUGACCUGCUGCAGCAUAAUAUUGAGCAGUACUGUGCCCAGCGGGGAGUGUCUGACCCAGGCUCCGUUAUAUUCAAGAUGUCCAAAGAGGAACGCAGUGGCUUCUACAGAGUGAUAGCAAGGGGUCUCAACCGCCCACUCUUCUCCAUCUAUCGCAGAGUUAUCAGACUGUACGACAACCACAAUCACAUUGGGAAGUAUUCAUCAGAGGAAGUCAAUAAACUAAGGGAACUUCACGUGAAACACGGCAACAACUGGCAGGCCAUCGCUGCACACUUAGGAAGGUCUGCUGCCUCAGUCAAGGAUCGCUGUCGACUCCUCAAUGAACACUGUAACAGAGGCACAUGGUCCCCUGAUGAGGAAGACAGACUAGCAGCUGCAGUGUAUGACCUGGCUCAAGUACUACCAGGGGAGCAGGUGACUAGUGGAAUUUCUUGGGGGGAGGUGGCCAGAAGGGUGCGGACUCGGUCAGAGAAGCAGUGCCGCACAAAGUGGCUCAACUACCUCAACUGGAAGCGCACAUCAGGAGUGGAAUGGAGCAAGGCAGAUGAUGUUCAACUUAUCUGCAGACUGAGUGUUUGUGGAGCUGGGGACGAAUCACAGGUAGACUGGACAGCCUUGGCCCGGGUGUGGCCUGCCUGCCGAUCCCCACACUGGCUGCGUGGCAAGUGGUGGAACUUGAAGAGACGCCUGCCACCCUCUGUGCAGGAACUGGGGCUCAGUGAUAUGUGUCAACACCUGUACAACCAACAGUCCCUCAGUCUUUUGCAGUCCACCUUGGUGGAACUUCCAGCCACCUUUCUUAAUUCAUCCAACCCAACUUCACCUGCCCUCUCUGCCCUGUCUGAAGGCAAAUCUUCAUCCCCUCUUGGAUCCGCCCAGCAGGACUGUGUGGAUCUCUCUGUCAGCACUGUCAAGCUCUGCAUACCUGCUGCCAAUUUCUCUCAUAUCAUAAACUCAGAUGACAAUGAGGAAGACUUCCACUCAAGGCUCAAUGGACUGGUGCAGAGUGCACUGUUGUCUCAUGGAGUACAAGUCCGUAGCUGCAACUCUGCCUCAGAAGUGGUGGUGCCAGACUCAGCUGACACUCAGACACAGGAGCAUUUCUUGAGCACUUCCUCCCAGCUGGCAGACCCCCUGGCCCCCAGCUCACCUUCUGACAAGAGCUCUCGGGCUAUUGUGGUUGAAGCAGUAGAGGACUCGCUUCCACUGCACCUGUCAGCUGUGUCUCGAGCGGGUGUAGGCCGAGCCUCUCUCUUGAGUCAUGGAGGGCUUGGUAGUGGAGUGAAAGAAGAGGAUAUCCUAAGUGACAGUGAAGGGGGACACACCACAACCCUGGACCCUUCCUCCCCUGUGGUCUCCUCCAAGCUCAUCCUAAAUGACCCAAUUCUGUCAGUGUCUGGAGAGCCUCUGGGUGGUGAAGAAGGGCUGCAAGCUGAUCCUGAUGACUCCCACAUCUGCACAGGGUUAGCUGGAGAUUAGCACACCCUUUCAGUUGCACUGCAACUCAUAUACUUUGCCUGACCAGCAAGAAACAGUGCAGGAGUGAGUGAGGGAAGGCAACCGUAGUGCAGCACCCACCUCGCUUUACACUUUCCGGCCACAUCCACAAUGCCUGAGAAGAUGGAGCUAUUAGGUUAACUUAUUUCCAUAAAAGUAAUUUUAUUCUUGCAGCUAGGGAACUAGAUUGGUACAUGAUAUAUAUUUAAGCAAGCCUGAAUAUUAGAAUGAAUUUUUUUGGUCUGUAAUCAAGCAGAUUAUAAGCUAAGUUGUCCAGGGCUCAGGGUAACCAGUGUUGUAGUCCCUUGUCUCUCAGCAAGAUGGAGUUGUAGUGCCUCUCCUGUGUGAGUCCUAUUAGGAGCCAAGUACAGUACAGUGGUGCCUCACAGUCUGAUAAGGUUGGGUUCUCAAGUAUUAUUAAUUAUUUAAAUUAAUUAUUUGAAAACGAGUAAUAGUGUAAUAAUACUUAUUCACAAAGAAAUUCAAUACCAAACUACACCAGGAUAAGGUAAUAUUUUUAUUGCAUGAAUUUUUAUUCUAAUUAACAAGAUAAAUCAUAGUAGAUGCAACACAUGUUUAAUUUCCUCCACCAUACACUUGAGAGGAUAAGUGCCUCCAGCCUUCAGAAUGGUUAGAACACUAAGCAGUUCCUCUCACUCCAGACUUGCAAUAAAUUAUUUCUAAUGGUCUUCCUUUUCUAGCUGUAAGUUUUGUUGCAUGUCAUGAUUUACAGGAAAGUGUUUCACUGAGAGGCAGAUUGAGUAUACCAAACAGGACCAUUUCUGCUCAAAAUCUGUCAUUUUACGGAGUUAUCAUUCAAUUUGCAUGAAAGAUAUUACAUAGCUGAUAUACAUGUACAGCAUCAAAGUCAUGAGUUUUCAUGUUGGUGAGUAAAACACGGUUGUAAAAAGUUUUUUAUUUUUAUUUAUUUUUUUUUUAUUUAUUUAUUUUUUUUUUUAGCUGGGCUUGUAUUCUUAAGCACUGCGAACUUAAGAUUUUCAAAAGCCACAAAUGCUUCAAUGGGUUGUUAUGAGGAUAUUUUCCAUUGAUUGUUUAGUCUUGUCAAAAUUUCACUAGGGUCCUGGAAACAUUCUUGAAAACCCCUAGUAACUCAAAUUAAAGCCUGCUAAGUGGUAGUCAAGGUAAGAACUGAAGUGUUAGAGAAUGAUCCCUGGAUGUUGAAGGAUUCUACAAUGUUAUUAAGGAGAAUAAAAUACAAAAGAAUAGAAAUGUGCUUGAUAACUAGUAGGCAAAUAAUAUAAGUUUUGCACAUGUUUCGUUCUCUUUUAUACCAGAGAGGAAUAGAUAAGAUGUAAUGUCUUUUGUUCCUUAUAUGUACUUACCCUUUAGUGGUAAGAGAAGUGUACAAAUAUGAGAUUGCAUGAAAAAGGGAAGAUAGAAUGUCAAGUGUAAAUAUUUCAUAAAAUCAAGACUCCCUAAACUAUGUAAAGUAAGCAUUAGUCAAACAGUGAAACACCCUACAUGAUACUGGAGAGAAUGUUCCCUCCUUGUACUGUGGGAACAAAGUCUUGUUUUGCUUUAGUAUUUGACCACUGAUGUUUGUGUGUUUGUGCAGUGAAUGGAAAUGAGUAAUCAGGGAAGACAAUCUGUUAUGCUGAACCAUUGUAGAGAGGAAUUAGUGAUACAUGGGAGGAUAGUGAGAUGCUGUAGUUUGAUGGAUCACAUAAAACCUUUUUGCCUCUUAAUCAUCAUAGUAAAUGUAGAUUACAAAACAUAUAUUUUAGUGUAUACAUUUUUUUAUAGAAGUCGUGAUUGAUCUGUGUUGUUGCUCUUUCUGUCCGUAGUGUUUGUCCUCCACGCAUUCCAUUAGGACAGAGUAGGUAAACUACUCCCUUAGACACACCAUAAGCAGAGACCUGAUUCCAAUAACCCAGUCAAUGGGCUGUGUUUGGGAGGGAGUAGAACGUACUGAAUUAAGUAGUGUAUUCCUUGAAUUCUUGUAAAACAUUUAAGAUGUAUUAUGAGGAACCACUAUGUUGUAUACAUAAAUAUAAAUUUGUUAAACACUAAAGUUCGAGAAAG